AUGAGCUGGGAUGCCUAUGUUCUACCUUGCUGGAUCCAACGUCGCGAGGAAAUGGCAGAAAGGGAAAAGAGAGAGGCCGAGGCGGCAGAGAAAGCCAAACAACAGCUCGCUAAUAUCGACUUCGAUUCAGGUGACUCCGCCAAGGGUGCCAAGCUCUUCCAGACUCGUUGCGCUCAGUGCCACACCGUUGAGGCUAACGGUGGCCACAAGGUCGGCCCCAACUUGCACGGUCUCUUCGGCCGUAAGACCGGUUCUUCCGAGGGCUACGCCUACACCGACGCCAACAAGCAGGCUGGUGUCACCUGGGAUGAGAACACUCUGUUCUCCUACCUCGAGAACCCCAAGAAGUUCAUCCCCGGUACCAAGAUGGCCUUCGGUGGUCUCAAGAAGGGCAAGGAGAGGAACGACCUCAUCACUUACCUCAAGGAGAGCACCGCUUAA